CUUUCCACAGUCAUCACCAACAACGGGAAGGGUUUUCCCCUCUCUCCUGUCCUUCCAAAACUUUCCGCGGCAAGGAGAGGGGAGAGAGAGCUCUCUGUCUGCUCAAUCUUCAAGAGAAUCAUCCUCUCUCUCUCUCUCUCUCUCUCGUUUAUAAUUUUCAGUAUACAGAGUCGUUCAGAUUUAGAGCUUUCUGAACCGAAUAUUUGAGUUGAGUUGUUUUUGCUUGUGGUCGGACGGCGGAGAUUGAGGUAUGCAGGCUGAUCAGACAGUGUUGAGCUUGAGACCUGGCGGCGGCGGCGGAGGCAACCGAGGGAGCAGAGUCCUUGGUUCUUCUUCUGCUGGCUUUGGUUUGUCUUCGGACAUUCCUGGUUUUCGUCCUCAUCGUAGCGCUGCUCCUACUUCCUUUUCUCUCAAGAUUGGAGAUUCUAGGUUUGAGGGCUGCAAGUGUGUGCAGUACACACGGAACCAGCUGUUACAACUUAGGGAGGUGGGUAACCCCCCUGAGGCUAUACUGAAAAUCAAACAAGAAGUUGAAGCUGAAUUUUCUGUUGAAGAUCCUAUCUGGGUUCGUGCAGAAACCACUCCUCAGGGUCGUUAUGCUGAGCCUGACAAUCGUGAUUGGCGCGGCAGGGCUGCCCAAUUUCCUGCAUCUGAAGAGGAUAGAUUACGAGAAACUAUUCGUGAGAAUAAAGAGUUUGGUGGUCAAUUCGACUCUAGACAACAGGAAUCAGUCCAGUAUAACCGCCAAGACCAACUCAGCUCACAUUUUGCUAGGGCAAACAUCUCUUCUAACCAAGUGGUAGGACCUGCACCUGUUCUAAUUAAAGCUGAGGUCCCGUGGUCAGCUCAAAGGGGGACUCUCUCUGAUAAGGAGCGUGUCUUGAAGACAGUGAAAGGGAUACUGAAUAAACUGACUCCAGAGAAGUUUGAUCUUCUCAAGGGUCAGCUAAUUGACUCUGGGAUCACAACAGCUGAUAUUCUGAAGGGAGUUAUCUCUUUGAUCUUUGACAAGGCAGUGCUGGAACCAACAUUUUGCCCAAUGUAUGCGCAGCUGUGUUCUGAUCUCAACGAGAGGCUCCCUCCAUUCCCAUCUGAUGAACCGGGUGGAAAAGAUAUCACAUUUAAACGAGUCCUGUUGAAUAACUGCCAGGAGGCAUUUGAAGGUGCUGAUGGACUUAGGGCAGAAGUAAGAGAGAUGACUUCUCCCGAGCAAGAGUUGGGGCGAAGAGAUCAGGAAAGAAUGGUCAAACUCCGCACUCUUGGAAACAUCAAGCUAAUUGGGGAGCUUCUAAAGCAGAAAAUGGUGCCUGAAAAGAUCUUUCAUCACGUUGUUCAGGAACUCUUAGGUCCUGAUAACAAGACCUGCCCGGAAGAGGAAAAUGUAGAGGCUAUAUGUCAAUUCUUAAAUACUGUUGGUAAACAGCUUGACGAGUCUGCCAAGUCACAGCGUAUUAAUGAUAUGUACUUCAGACGAUUGAAAGAACUUUCAGCAAAUCCUCAGCUUGCUCCAAGAUUAAGGUUCAUGAUCCGUGAUGUUCUUGAUCUACGUGCAAAUAAUUGGGUUCCCCGACGUGAAGAGGUUAGAGCCAAAACCAUAACUGAAAUUCAUUCUGAAGCUGAAAAAAAUCUGGGGUUGCGUCCUGGUACUACGGCAGGUAUUAGAACUGGCCGUGGCAUUGUUUCCAGUGGUCAGGGGAGUAUCAGCCCCGGGGGCUUCCCCAUCAAUCGACCUGGCUCUGGGGGAAUGAUGCCUGGAAUGCCAGGGAAAAGGCAGAUGCCGGGGAUGCCUGGAAUUGAUAAUGACAACUGGGAGGUUCCCAGGUCCCGGUCGAUGUCAAGAAAUGACCCAUCUACAAUCCAUGCCACUGGACGUGUUCCGCCACCAAUUAUUGGCACGGCAUCAUCACCAUUGAAAAAUAUUCGUCUUCAGGGUCAUCAGCCUAUUGGUGGCCUUACAGGUCGUAGGAUUAGUCCUCUAUUGCAAGGCAGUGGUCCACUUCCUGUUAACCCUCCUAAUUUUGGAUAUGGUAUGGACCCUGCAUCUCAAGCCCCUACUCCUACCAGCCCUGCCCCAGCCGCAUAUAUUCCUCCAGCUUCUGAGAGAAAACCGGCUCCUAUUGGGUUGAAUCCCGAUGAACUUAAGAAGAAAACAAUCUCUCUUCUGGAGGAAUACUUCGGCGUCCGUAUUUUAGAGGAGGCGUUACAAUGCGUUGAGGAGUUGAACUCCUCGGCUUACCAUCCCGAGCUUGUUGAGGUGGCCAUUUCACUAGCUCUGAAUAAAAGCCCUCCUUGUGUGGAACCAGUAUUUAAGCUCCUCGACUACUUGCUCGCCAAGAAUGUCCUUACAGCCACCGACAUAUGGACCGGAUGUCAGCUCUACGGCUCAAUGUUGGACGAUAUAGCCAUUGAUGUACCCAAAGCUCCUAAUAAUUUCGGUGAGGUAAUCGGACGACUAAUUUUGGCUGGCGGAUUGGACUUCAAGGUGGUAAAGGAGGUCCUGAAGAAAAUGGAGGAUGACAUGUUCCAGAAAGCAGUACUAGCCGCGGCAACGAGGAUCAUCGCUUCAAGCCCAUCUGGGCAGAAGGUUUUGGAGUCACAGGCAUCUGACAUUGAGGCCUGCAAGAGCCUAUUCUAGGGAACCUGAUUUUGGUAGCUCUGUGAGACUGCGACCUCAUGUAUGGAACUUGUUUUGGUACGCAAUUUUGUUUUUCUUCCCAAUUUCUCUUCGAUUUUCUUCAGUUGGUUACCAACCAUGUUACAUGUGAUAAAGGUGGAACUUCUGAAGGAAACAGGGUUUUUUUUUUUUUUUUUCUAAUUGACCUGUACACUCUCCAGGGGUCAUAGCAUGCAAAAUGUUUCUUAGAGGACGGUAUACCAGGGUAGUGCCCUGGGUUUUGAGUGUGGCCAAUUAGUUGCUCAAGUAAACGGCCCUUCUUGGGACUGACAGUUGUUUUAUACGAUUAGCUUUUUUGGUUUUUACAUAA